CUAUGCAACCGCGUACUGGAUGCCUGCUGAAAAGACAGUGCAAGUCAAACAAGUACUGGACAGGAAUGGGGACGCCUAUGGCUUUUACAAUGACUCUGUGAAAACCACAGGCUGGGGCAUCCUGGAGAUCAGAGCGGGGUAUGGUUCUCAGACCCUGAGCAAUGAGAUCAUCAUGUUUGUGGCUGGCUUUUUGGAGGGUUACCUCACUGCCCCACACAUGUAUGACCACUUCAUUAACCUCUACCCACAGUUGAUUAAGAAACCUUCCAUCGUGGAUAAAGUGCAAGAUUUUAUGGAGAAGCAAGAUCAGUGGACCCGGAAAAACAUAAAAGAUUACAAGGAUGACCCAUUUUGGAGACAUAUAGGCUAUGUUAUGACACAAAUGAAUGGGCUGUAUGUAGGAGCAAUGAGGAGGGCUAAGUUAGAAAGGACAAAGGUAAGAUUUUUAAAAAGCUGCUCAGAAUUUAUAUUGGCAUUUGGCAAUAUUAUUGCCAAGAAUAUUGAAUAUUGAAAGUUAUCUUUAAAAUAUGGCAAGAAUAUUGAAAGAAUGGCAAGAAUGCUGAAAAUUACCUUUAAAAUAACAUUGCAACCUAGAAGCAGGUCAAAUUAGGACUAGCACAUAAAUUUCUUGCACACAAGCACUGUCUUGUUAUAUUGCUAGCACCUGACUCAGUGACAGAAAAUUCAGGCUUAACACACAAACUCUUUAGCUCUUAAUCUCUUUCAUAAUACUAUGCUGUGGAGUAGGUUAAAGAAUGUACUGAAUGAAUGUACUGGCUGUUUAACUAACCUAAUAAAGUUAGUAUCUUUGGUGAUAUAAUUGUUAAGACAAAA